AAGGUGGAGAAGAAAGAGGAGGAGGGGAGAGGAGGAGCUGUGGGUGGAGGAUGGAGCCCCGGGCUACUGCAGCUGGCUCGCCCGAGCCUGCGGCGACGUCCUCCUCCUUCCAGGCCCGCCUGUGGAAGAACCUGCAGUUGGGGGUGGGCAAGAGCAAGGCCACCCGCGCGGGGGGUUCAGAGCGCCGCACUGCGGACACCCCGUCGCCCUCCCCGACUCCCCCCAGGGGCAGGCGGGACACCCUGACCGGCGUGGGUGGCGCGGGCAGCAGGUGGAGCGGCUUCAAGAAACGCAAGGAAGUGCUAGACCGCGUCUUCUCCUCCUCCCAGCCCAACCUGUGCUGCUCCUCCCCGGAGCCUCUCGAGCCAGGCGGCGUCGGCAGAGCGGAGCAGGGGUCCACGCUGCGCCGCCGAAUCCGCGAGCAUUUGCUCCCGGUGGGAAAGGGGCUGGCGGCGGCCGCGGGAGCAGCCGGAGCGACACCUCCUGGAGGACGCUCUCCGGACUCGGCUCCUUCUUCGUCCUCCGCCUCUUCCUCCUUGUCCUCUUCACCCCAGCCGCCCCCGAGGGGGGAUCGCGCCCGAGAUGAUAGUACCCAGCAUCGGGGUCCCGGGGCUCACUUAUGCCAUCAGAAGAGUUCCUCCUUGCCCGGCAACGCCUGCCUGGAGCAGCUUUUGGAGCCGCCGCCGCCGCCGCCUCCUACUGAGCCAGCGCCGAGCCCCCCGGAGCCCGGGACCACCACCGAGAAGGACGAGGAGGGCAGCUGCAGCCAGAAAAUAAAUACUGCUGGAACCAGUAAUGCAGAUGUCCCUUUGGGUGAUCCCGGAAUGUACCAGUUGGACAUUACAUUAAGAAGGGGUCAACAUUUAGCUGCCCGAGAUCGAGGAGGAACAAGCGAUCCAUACGUGAAGUUUAAAAUUGGAAGAAAAGAAGUUUUUAGAAGCAGAAUAAUACACAAGAACCUCAAUCCUGUGUGGGAUGAGAAAGCUUGCAUUCUUGUUGAACAUCUUAGGGAGCCACUGUAUAUAAAGGUAUUUGAUUAUGAUUUUGGACUGCAGGAUGACUUUAUGGGCUCAGCCUUUCUGGAUCUCACACAAUUGGAGUUAAACAGGCCCACAGAUGUGACGUUAACACUGAAAGACACUCAUUAUCCUGACCAUGAUCUUGGGAACAUUUUGCUUUCUGUCGUUCUUACCCCUAAAGAAGGAGAACACAAGGAUGUGACAAUGCUAAUGAGGAAGAGUUGGAAAAGAUCAAGUAAGGAACUCUCAGAAAAUGAAGUUGUUGGAUCUUAUUUCUCUAUGAAGUCUUUCUUUUGGAGGACAUACAGCAGGCCUGCUUUUCCUGUACCGGGCUUCUCCAGAGCAGAGUUUCAGAGUGCUUAUUACCAAAAUGCACAAUUUCAGGCCCAAAGUUUACGUCUGUCAGACCUACACAGAAAGUCACAUCUUUGGAGAGGAAUUGUCAGCAUCACAUUGAUUGAGGGGAGAGACCUCAAAGCCAUGGAUUCAAAUGGGCUAAGUGACCCCUACGUGAAGUUCCGACUUGGGCAUCAGAAGUAUAAGAGCAAGAUAAUGCCAAAAACUUUGAAUCCUCAGUGGAGAGAACAGUUUGAUUUUCAUCUCUAUGAAGAAAGAGGUGGAAUCAUUGAUAUCACUGCAUGGGACAAAGACGCUGGGAAAAGGGAUGAUUUUAUUGGCAGGUGUCAGGUUGACCUGUCCGUCCUCAGCAGGGAACAGACACACAAGCUGGAGUUGCAGCUGGAAGAGGGUGAAGGCCACCUGGUACUAUUGGUCACCCUGACAGCCUCAGCCACAGUCAGUAUCUCUGAUCUUUCCGUCAACUCCCUGGAAGACCAGAAAGAACGGGAGGAGAUAUUAAAGAGAUAUAGUCCCUUGAGGAUAUUUCACAACCUAAAAGACGUAGGAUUCCUCCAGGUGAAAGUAAUCAGAGCAGAAGGGUUAAUGGCUGCUGAUGUCACAGGUAAAAGCGACCCAUUUUGUGUAGUUGAACUGAACAAUGAUAGGCUACUAACACACACUGUCUACAAAAAUCUCAAUCCUGAGUGGAACAAAGUCUUCACAUUCAACAUUAAAGAUAUCCAUUCAGUUCUUGAAGUGACAGUUUAUGAUGAAGAUCGGGAUCGAAGUGCUGACUUUCUGGGCAAAGUUGCUAUACCAUUGCUGUCUAUUCAAAAUGGUGAACAGAAAGCCUACGUCUUGAAAAACAAGCAGCUGACAGGGCCAACAAAGGGGGUCAUCUAUCUUGAAAUAGAUGUGAUUUUUAAUGCUGUGAAAGCCAGCUUACGAACAUUAAUACCCAAAGAACAGAAGUACAUUGAAGAGGAAAACAGACUCUCUAAACAGCUACUCCUAAGAAACUUUAUCAGAACGAAACGUUGUGUCAUGGUGCUGGUAAAUGCUGCAUACUACGUUAAUAGUUGCUUUGACUGGGAUUCACCCCCAAGGAGCCUGGCUGCUUUUGUGCUCUUUCUCUUUGUUGUCUGGAACUUUGAGCUCUACAUGAUUCCACUGUUUUUGUUGUUACUAUUGACAUGGAACUACUUCUUGAUAAUAUCAGGGAAAGAUAACAGGCAACGUGAUACAGUAGUGGAGGACAUAUUAGAGGACGAGGAAGAAGAAGAUGACAAAGAUGACAAGGACAGUGAAAAGAAGGGGUUUAUAAAUAAAAUCUAUGCCAUCCAGGAGGUAUGUAUCAGUGUUCAAAACAUCCUAGAAGAAGUGGCUUCCUUUGGCGAGAGGAUAAAGAAUACUUUCAACUGGACUGUCCCCUUCCUAAGCUGGCUGGCCAUCGUAGCCUUUUGUAUGUUCACAAUCAUCCUGUACUUCAUUCCAUUGAGAUACAUUGUCCUUGUCUGGGGCAUCAAUAAAUUUACAAAAAAGCUUCGGAGUCCAUAUGCAAUUGACAACAAUGAACUACUUGACUUCCUUUCCAGAGUCCCUUCAGAUGUACAAGUGGUGCAAUACCAAGAACUGAAACCAGAUCCUACUCAUAGCCCAUGUAAAAGGAAGAAAAACAAUCUUGGCUAGCCAACUCCCAGCACUGAGCGGACCAGCAUCUGUUUGGGAAGAUAAAAGAAAAAGCCUUCAGCCUCAGCAGCAGUUCCUUUCUUUCUGCUUUUUAUUUAUUUUGCCUUUUUAUCAUGAUUGAGGGAAUUUGUAAAUAGUGUACAAAGGCAUAUGUCUUUGAAAAUAUACUUCCAUUGUACGGAAUCAAUUUGAUAAAGGUUUAAGUUACUGCUGUGUGAAAAGCUUUGUUAGCUGUGGAUAAUAAUACAAUACAUUGGAACAACAAAUGUAAGAAUGGUAGAUACAUACUGGAAGAUACAUACUUCUCUAUUACAUGUGGAAGAACCAGAAUAUUAGAUUAAAUGCUCACCUGUGCUCUGAUUAAAUUGACAUAAAAUGUGUCUAUUUGAUUUGAAAGGGUUUUUUUAAUGUAAUUUUUUUAAUGUAAAAAGUAAUCCAUUACAGUUUUCUACAUUUCAAAAGGGGAAGGAGGGGGACCCCAAAAUUGAAAAGUGGAUCAGAUGCAUUUCAAUUUUACAUAGAUUCUGACACCAGAUUCUGACAUUCAUUCCUGUUCAAAUUAUUUAGAUAUGACUAGGCUAAUUUUAAGCUAAUGAGUGAAGUUAUAUUCACCAUCUCAAGAGAUUUUUCCACAAUCUGAAAUCAACCCUGCAAAGAAAACUUUUAAAACAGUCUAUCAUUCCAUCUAAAAUCUUAAAUUCUCUACAGAACUACACACAAAUACUGCCAGAUUUAUAAAUGAUUGCCUGUAUGAAUUUUUCUACCUACCACUCUUGUAAUUUAUAUACUAAAUUAGAAAAUUAGUUCAGUGCAGUUCACUUAUCAAAAAUACAAUUAAAUCCAUAUUCUUUUUGGUGUUAGAUCAUGUCACUGUGCAUCUAAAAAUAUUUACUGCUCAAGUGCCCUCACAUAAAAAAUUAUCUGCUCUCUCAUUAGGAUAGUGAAAUGCUUUAAUAUAUAUUAUGACUUUUGUUAUUAGUGUGAAUUUUAACAUAGAGAGAAUGAAGUGUGCUAAGUCAUAUGCCAGUGUUUCAUCACAUUAUUUUAUGGAAAAAGUAAUCAUUCUUGGUAAUAUGAAUGCAUGAGAAUCUAUUUUGCAAAAUAAACUGCUUAUGGGAAGGGGGAAUUUGCCUUCAAAUAUCUUACCACAGAAUCUAUACUUAAAAAUUACAUUCCUAAGACUCUUAUGGUAGUUUUUGUACCUAACUCCCUACUAUAUCAAGGGGGUAUACCUCUGGAGUGAGAGAUACUCUAGUGAGAAUGUCCCUGAUUUGGUAAGGAAUUGAGCUUGGUUGAAAAUGCUGCAGACAAUGUUUUGCACUAAUUUAUUAUAGACCAGGGGUGGGGUAGGGUGAUGGUGGAGGUUAUGCUGGAAAAUGUAGAAAGCCAAAAGCAAGAAAUAUAUAUUUACUCUAAAAAAGACUUAAAAACUAUUACAAUUUAUUAAAAAUAAAUUUAAUCUCAUCAGAGCUGAUUUUUAAAGUAUUUUUUAUUUUAAAGCUAUGUUGUUAAAUACUGUUUCUUAUGACAGAACUCUUUUGACCUGUUUAUAUACUAUGCUUGAAAGAAUGUCAAUGAAAUUCCUUUCUACAGAAAGGCUUCAACCUCAAUAUGCUCUGUAUUUAGUGGAUCAUGUUUAUAAUGACAUGCUUACAUCUGCAUACCAUCACUAUCUGUUGCUAACACACAAUAUUCCAUGAUGUUGAUGUUAUUAUAGAAAGUUUAUUGAUGGGAUAAGUUAACUUUCAAAUAUACCUUGUAUGAGUUUUAUGUUCUCUGCUGACAUGUCUACUCAAAUGUCUACAAUCCUGAUGUUCUACAAUCUCAGAUGUACUUAGUGGAUAAUAACCAUUAACAGAUGACUUUCUUCUGUUUGCUUCAUUCUAUCAAAUUUCAGAUGUUCAGUUCAAUGGUAAUGUUGACUAUACAUUCACUACAUUAAAUAAAAACCAUCUUUUCUA